CUGCAAGAAUGGCAGCAGCAGCAUCAGCAGCAGCUGCCAGUAUCCGUCUCUCCGCCAUUUACUUCCAGCCCCAGUUCCAAUGAUCAAGGUCUCCUGCACUUUUUGGACCCGAGCCAAGACUUUGAUCAUCUGUUGUGGAACGGCUCUUUUGACACGACCUCGCAACAACUUGCUCUCGACUGUCCCCUUUUUGAUAUUCAAUACCCACUUCCAUUCCCUACCCUUCCAGUUCCCGACUUUGAUAUUGGAAUACCCUCUUUCGGCCUGGGUGAAUCAAGCGCUGCUCCCGUCACAACAACAGCGGCAACGGCAAACCUAUCUCUGUUAACUCCGACGCCAACAAUCAUCACAUCGUUCGAGUCUUGCCAGUCACCAUCAUCCUCUACCUCACCCACCUCCACAAGCACGCCUGUCUCUGCCUCGGGCAAUUUGGUCCCCGGGUUGAAGCUCCCUUCCUCCAUUUCUGUUACACUUACCGGCAAGCCGAAAGGAAAGUCAGGGCGGAAGCCAACCAAGAAACGUCCUCUGCCUGAAGAAGAGGAUGAUGAAGACGAAGAGGUGCUCGUGAAGAGGGCGAGGAACAAUCUGGCUGCCAAGCGCUACAGGCAGAAAAAGGUUGACCGCAUUGAGGAGUUGGAGGAUGAGGUGAAGGAGGUGAAGAAGGAGAGGGAUGACCUCCGCGUGGAAUUGGCGAGGAGGGAGGCCGAGGUGAAGGCUCUAAGGGAGAUGCUGGCAAUGACAACGGGGAAGAAGGAUUAG